AUGCGCUGUCUAUACGCAUUCCUUUUGAUACCUCGAGAAGGUCUAGAGAGUACAAAGCGGUUGGCUAUAGUUAAAGCUGGACCUAUAGGCGCAUACUACGAUGUUUUUAAGCCUGAAUCUGACCAAUAUUUUCCAGUUGUUGACUCGGGAACGGGAAUAAAAACGACGCAAGGCGAUAUCACAGGGCCCGGCACAUACGCAAGGGCGUAUUGUUCCCAUAAUUUGUCAAGAAAUAAUCUGAUAAAACAUGUAACUAAAGGUCUAAAAAGUGCUUAUGAUAAUACUCAUAUGGGGCUUGGUGGUGCCGAUAAGGCGGCGGAAGAUUGUCUGGGUUUGCUCGAAAAUUUAUCGCAUCAGACAGAGGAGUCAUCACAGAAAUAUGUAUCACCUGCUGGGUAUACACGACUUAGUUCUUCCGAUCCGUCUGAUCCGUCUGAUCCGUCUGCGCGAAAAAAGAAAUCUCGUAGUCUCCUCGGAAUCUCGUCACAUUGGUUAGAGAAGCCACCUAAAAUACUACUCUCGAAAAUACAUGAAAUGAAAGUUUGUUCGGAUUUGGGUCUAAUUAGUCUCGCCUAUCAAAAAAAGAUUAAGAUAACAGGCCUUUAUCGCCAUUUUGCGCCGGAACACUCCAAGGGAGGUUAUGAGGUGGAAUUUGACAAACUAGUGGACAUAAGUAAUAUCGUCUUUCCAGGCCAAAUGAUGGCACUUUUCGUACACGAGGCUCAGCUCUACGCCGUUGCAUGGUAUAUGGGUCAUCUACAUGUAUUCGUAAAAGAUGGUUCAAACUCCCCAUGGUGGCCAGAAACGUUCAUUGGAUCAGAAAAGAUAAGUGGGGAUAAGAUAACUCUCUUCAUCUCCAACCAUUACAAAGUGCUUAAUCCCGUGAUGAGAAUUGUUCAUGAAUUUAAAUGUUAUGAAAACAAUCUUGAAUGUUGUUUUAUGAACUGCUUUAGAGGCACAAAGGCGUUUCAACAAGAAAGCAACCGACUUAUCAGUGAUAUCGCAUCUCUGAAUUUGAAAAAAAUUCCCGAAAUGAAUCAAGCCAUCACUGUGUAA